AUGUCUUUGGAAUAUUUAGCUAAUACGUUGAUCAAUCUUCUUGAUAGAAAAAAUAUUUUCCCUCCUCAAUUAAACAAUCCCGAACAUUUAUUAUCGGUUCCGUAUAAGAGGAUCAAUCCUCCUACUCGACCACCUAAUGGUUUCUUAAUUUGUAGAAAAAAUGUCCAUCAUGAAGCUAAAUCAAAAGGUCAAACCAAUAUGCGGGUUAUUAGUAAAGUAUCGGGAUUUCUAUGGAGAAAUGCCACCUUGGAAGAAAAAGAAAUUUAUGAAGAACUAGCUAAUCAAGUUAGCCUCUUAUAUUCGCAAAAAUAUCAUGGACAAGGUCAACCACCAAAUCCUUAUAAUUACACCUAUUAUCACCCUUAUUAUUAUUAUCCAUAUCCUUAUGCAUCUCAUCGUCACAAUGAAAAUAUUUUUUAUCAUUCCAAUCAAAAUAAUAAUUAUACGAAUUCUUCAGAUACCAUGUUUGCAGAAAUGACUCGAUACUAUAUUGACGUGAUAAACAAUACAGGCAUAGGUGAAGCUUUGGCCUUUUGUGUUUAUCAAAAAAUGCCUUCGACUCCAUUUUCGGAUAGUGUUUCAUGGCUUAUAACUUCAAUUUCAAGUGGAGCAGUUUCAACUUUAAGUUGGAAUCUUGAUAAAUAUUUGGUUGCAUUAGCUGAGUACAGUCAAAAAAGAGGUCAAGGUGGCACAUAUGUCAAUAAAAAACUUGCCAUGGCUUCUCUUGGGACUUCAUGGCAAAUUCGAGAUAAUAUUGAAGAUGAUUCCCAAUUAUUAAUUCCAUUACCUGAUACAGUUAACUCUAAUAUAAUUAAAAUAAUCAAUAAAUCAAGUCGUCCAACCGAUUGUGGAAUAGGGAUGUGGGGAGGGACAACUAUUUUUGAACGGAAUCUUCGACCAGAAUCUGCGGCUGUAUUUAAAAUCGAACCUGAAUAUUGGAUUGGAGUUUUUGCGAAAGAAAUUCGGCGAAAUCAAGUGGUCGAUGAUUCUAUUGCUUUAGAUUCAAUGAAAAUUCAAUUUCCAAAUUCAGGAUUUAAUGUUGCAGCGGUGACCGCAAUAUAUAAAGAUGAAAAAGUUAUACUUAAAGUUAAUUAUACUCGAAGAAAAUUACCUUUUCUUAUUAAAUGUCUAUGGAAUCUCGCUAUGACAACAUUCAAAACUAUUUUUAUUUCGCCUUUCGUAACAACAUAUAAUUGUUUUAAAUCUAUGUUUAAACCACCUUUUGCAAAAAAAGUUCAUGUAGACUAG